UGAAGAACUGCAUCUUUAAAAGGGAUGGAAACAUAUGUGUUUGAUAAGGAUCCAGAUCCACAAAGGUUACAUUGUGACCUGCUUCUCCUUUGCUAAACAGUAGUUCACCCAAAUAGUACCACCACCUGUCACAAGGUGCUGAGGUGCCUUAGCUAUUUUAGGGGUUAAAAGCUGUAGUCACUGAUGCGUAUAUAUUAGGCUGUAUUCAUAGAACACGGCUUGUAGCCUGACUCAGGCUAUUACAGUCUAACAACAUAGACCAAUAGAAAGAAAAGAAGAUCCAAGAAAGCUGAGGCAAAUGAUGACUCUAAAAGUCUGUCCAAGUCUUUUGCUAGUAUUCUUAGCCCAUUCUGUGUGGACUCGAACUGUGAGACAAGUUUAUGAUGACAUGGAUCCUGAACAUUGGUCUCACUACACUUUUGAGUGUCCACAAGAGUGUUUUUGUCCUCCUAGUUUCCCCAAUGCAUUAUACUGUGAUAACAAAGGUCUUAAAGAAAUACCUGCAAUCCCAGCAAGAAUUUGGUACCUCUAUCUUCAAAACAACGAAAUUGAAACAAUUUCAGAUAAACCUUUUGUGAAUGCCACUCAUCUGAGGUGGAUAAAUCUGAACAAGAAUAAAAUUACCAACAGUGGAAUUGAGAGUGGUGUGCUGAGCAAGCUGAAAAGGCUGCUUUACUUGUUCCUUGAAGAUAAUGAAUUGGAAGAGGUGCCUGCUCCAUUACCAGUGGGCUUGGAACAGCUAAGGCUGGCUAGGAACAAAAUCUCUAGAAUCCCAGAAGGAGUCUUCAGCAACUUGGAAAACCUUACUAUGUUAGAUCUGCACCAGAACAAUUUGUUGGACAGCGCUCUUCAAAGUGACACCUUCCAAGGACUCAACAGUCUUAUGCAACUCAACAUAGCAAAAAAUUCACUCAAAAAGAUGCCUUUAAGCAUUCCAGCUAACACACUGCAGCUGUUUUUAGACAACAACUCCAUUGAAGUGAUACCAGAAAACUACUUCAGUGCAAUACCCAAAGUGACUUUCCUUAGGCUGAACUACAAUAAAUUAUCUGAUGAUGGUAUUCCCCCAAAUGGGUUUAAUGUUUCAUCUAUUCUAGACUUACAGCUGUCUCAUAACCAGCUCACUAAAAUUCCACCUAUCAAUGCUCGUCUUGAGCACCUUCACCUUGAUCACAACAGAAUCAAAAGUGUCAAUGGUACUCAGAUAUGCCCAGUCUCAAUUACUGUAGCAGAAGACUACGGUUUUCAUGGUAACAUACCUCGCCUCCGCUAUCUACGCUUGGAUGGAAAUGAAAUUCAGCCUCCAAUUCCAUUGGAUAUCAUGAUAUGUUUCCGACUACUGCAAGCUGUUGUCAUAUAAACAUAUUGCAGUGUCAGUCUUGUGAUGUGAGAAUUCUAAGAUACAAGUUUUGCUGGAAUGAAACUUGUUUUAACUCAUAGAUCGAGAAGUAACAGUUUUAUUUUGACUUUAAUUUGUUCUUUGCUUGCAUCUUUUCUACAGCUGAAAAGACUGUUCUUCUUUUAGAAGAGAUUUUGGAUCUACAUAAGACAUGCUUAAUACUUUACCUAAGAAUUCCUAAUGCAACUAUGUUGAAAAACAUCUGUUGUAAUAUCCCAAAUAUUCCAAAGAGAAUUCUUACCUACUCUAUCUCUCUUGUGAAAACCUACGACAUCUAACUUAUUAACAUCAUUGGUAUAGACAAAUUGCAUCUACAUGUAGUUGUUACCCAGUAACUAGCAUAAAAAAUGUGGAUAAACUUGGCUAAAUAUAUGAUAGAAAAAUCAUGUUUUACAUGAACACUGGUUAUAAAACCGUCAGUCUUUAAGACAGUCACUGUCUAACAACGAACAGCCACUUAACAUGUAAAUAAUUCAUAAACUGUUGUCAUCCCUUGAAGAUGGGAAGACUGAUAUUGGUAUUUCAAGACAUGAAAUGUGUGAGAUUUAGGUCCAAAAUCAAUAUACCAAAUAUAUAUUGCUAUAUGACUUAUUCAGUCUGUGAUUUCAAAAUUGAAAUACACUUAUCCAACUCAAAUUCAUAACAAGGGAAUAUGACAUGAAAGUCUCUAUCAAAGUGACAGUUUUCUUCUGUUUAAUUCUUCAGUAUUCCACUUCUAAUGUUUACAUCAUUUCUUCCUUCAGUUUUAGGAUUGUCAUUGAGUAUUUGGUUUAUAUUUUGUUUCCAUCGAGAUAAAACCAAGAACAGUAAUAAUUACCUAUCACAGAGUAGGUGUUUCACAGAAAUUAAAAUGUCACAUUAACAUAAAAGUAAUAAAUAUAAAGUUAAAAAAGUAAGAGGAAACCUUCUCUUCCCUAACUACUCACAACUUAUUUUCUGAACUAGGCAAAUAUUUGUAUAGGAAGUGUAUCAGAUAAAGCAAAUGCAACAAACUCAGAUCAGUAUUUAAUUAUCAUAUAUAUCUACACAAUACUGUAACAAUACUGGAUUUUGGAGAAGUCCAAGUAUUUAGAUCACAGCAAAUUCACAGCUCACUAGCAAGAGAGAUAUAAGCAGACAUAUUUUGUAAUUAUUUUUGUUUUGUUUUGUUUUGUUUUGUCUUGUUUUGUUUUCUAAGAUAAUGUACUGGGAUUUCAAUACAUAUCGCAAAUAUUUGACUCAACUAUUCACUGGGACAAUAUGACAUUUUUGUUAUUUCUGAUAGCCAGCAUAAUAGACUAUCCAUCAGUCAUAUUAUUUCUAACUCAUCUAUUUCUAACAUUUCAAGACUGGCCUCUGUAACAAACAUUUUAAACUAUGCAUGUGGUAUACUUUUUCUUUAAAGAUAAAAUAUUUUCUUAAAAGUAGGUCUUUAAAAGUGCUGAGAAUUGCAACUUUUUAUUGUUUUUAUAUAGAGUUUUUAUUAUUAUUAUUAUUAUUGUUUUAUUUUUUUCCAAAGGCCUUUCAGAGGCCUCAGGCCUUAAUCUUCUCCAGUGCACUUCUGUAUAUAAUCCAGUAUAGAAACCCUGCACAGAAAUAACACCUUUUCCAGGAAUCCUAUUGUGAAAACCUUUAUUAUUGCAGUUCAUUUUACGUGAUUUCUGGGAAACUUCUGCCCUUUUAGCAAAAUAUUUUAUGUUCCUCUAUGUUCAAACUAUAUAAAAAAAUACAGAAUAUUUAAAAAGUCUCUACAGUAUAUAUGCAUGUUUACCUAUGUUCAUUUUAGUAAUAACAUAGUAAUUUAUUUUUUGAAAAAAAAAAAAGAAACAAUUUUGUGUGACAGUGUUACUAAUUAAAUUAUAACAACGAUCA